UCCUCACUCAUCUCUAUCAGAUUGUCACAGCUUGCACCUUUUGCUGCGCGUUUUUUGUUGUUUUUCUUGUUUAUAUCAAAGUAUAAAAAUUAUUUGUAUUAUAAAUAUAUUGUGGAAAAAAAUUCGCGUAUUCAAAUUUUAAAACCUGUAUUCGAAGAAUAGAGAGUUAGAUUGCCAUGGCUGAAACAGAGACGCACCAACAUGUCGACCCACAUGAUGAGGAUGUGCAUGAUGCCAACUAUCAGGCUCCACCCGAGAAGACAAUCGAGGAGAUAAUGGCUGCCGAUCAGGAAGAUGAAAGUUUGCGUCGCUAUAAGGAGGCUUUGCUGGGUGCAGCUCAAACGGAAACUAUAAUCGUUGAUCCCAAUGAUCCCCGUAAGGUGAUUGUUAAGAAACUGGCGCUUGUCGUUGAAGGACGCGAUGAUAUGGAAUUAGAUUUGAGUGGAGAUAUUAGUCACCUAAAAAAGCAGAUCUUUGUGAUUAAGGAAGGUGUUCAAUACAAGGUGCGCAUCGAUUUUAUUGUGCAACGCGAAAUUGUUCAUGGCCUUAAGUAUGUGCAAAAGACCUAUCGAAUGGGAGUGCCAGUUGUUGUGGAUAAAAUGACCCAUAUGGUUGGCUCCUAUCCCCCCAAGAAGGAAAUUCAAUUCUAUUUGACGCCAGCUGAGGAGGCGCCCUCGGGCAUGGUGUCGAGGGGCACCUACUCUGUUUCAUCGGUAUUCACGGAUGAUGACAAGCACAUACAUCUGAAAUGGGAUUGGACCUUUGAGAUCAAGAAGGACUGGGCAUAAGGCACAUCACACACCGAAAAACAACUUCGCACAGACACUAAAUCACACACACAAAUACAAAUCCACACAUAUAUGCAUACAAAUAACCUAAUUUGUGGUUCCAAAUUAAUAUAAACUAUUUUUGUGAAUUUGUCAAAAAAUGAAAAGCGAAAUUCCUAUUUGUCAAGUAUUUUUGUUAACGGUAUUAUCUAAAUAUUUUUUAAAAUUUGUAAAUGAAGUCAUACAAAGUAUUUUUGAUACUAUAUAUAAAUGGAAUGUGUGUUAACAAUAAGCAAGUCACGCCUUUGUUGGUAUAUAUUAACAGUCAGUUGUCGAUCAGUCAGUCAGUCAGUCAGUCAGUCAAUCAGUCAGUCAGUCAUUUGUGCCACCAAAAUCAGUCAGUUUCAAAUGCCAUUGGAUAUGUAUAACAUAAAUUUUCAAAAUGUUCUAAAGAUGAAAGAUAUAUAGAAGAUAAACUUUAUGAAAGUUUUGUGCAUUUGCCUUGUAUUAAAAGCGUUAACGUAAUGGAAAUAUAACCUUGAUUGGAUAAAUAUAUAUAAGAAGCAUUCAAGUAAAACAUGAGAACAAUACCCAAAGAUGUAUUCCACCGCAGGUGCAUCUUUAAUAUAUAACAUAUGUAUGUACUCUAGAUGUAAAAAGAAACCGUUUAAUGCAUUUGAUAAUUAAUUUUAAAAGCUGAAAACAUUUAAAUGCUACAUGCUGUACUCUAUUCUAACAAAUCUGUCUGUGUAAUUUGUGUACAAUAUAAGUGAGAGCAGGCAAAGCAACUGAAAGCAAUGAGAAUAAAAUGUAUUUAAAUAUA